UUCCCUCCAAAAAUUGAAGUUUCAACAUUCUCUCUAAAUCACCUGAAAAACAUUUACUAAAGAUCAGAUUUUCAAUACCCAGUUCAAAUUUCAAUAAUUUAAGCUCAAAUUUUCAAUACCCAGUUCAUAAUUAAGAAGGAUGAGUACAAUCAGUUAUUUGGAAACUGAUUUAGCAGUUCUUGAUUCGAUUAGGCGACACUUAUUGGAAGAUUGGGACCCGAGAGUAAUCGGAGCUUCGACGAUUAGCAACGGAUCAGGCCCAGUUUACCGCCGGAAUUCCAGUUUUAGCAGGUUGUAUCCUUGUUUAACUGAGAAUUGGGGUCAGUUACCGUUGAAAGAAGAUGAUUCUGAAGAUAUGGUACUAUUUGGGGUUCUCCGGGAUGCUGUCCAUACCGGUUGGUCGCCGGAAUCCAUGUCGGAAAUUGAUUCGGGUUCGCCGACAACAGUGAUUGUCAAGUCUGAGCCGGUUGAGUCUCCGGUAAGUGUUACCGUCGGUGAGGCCCCGGUAGCGGUGGUUCCGAUGGCGGCUCCGUCGAGAGGGAAGCAUUACCGUGGUGUCCGAAGACGGCCGUGGGGCAAAUACGCGGCUGAGAUCCGAGACCCGGCAAAAAAUGGGGCUCGGGUUUGGUUGGGGACAUUUGAAACCGCCGAGGACGCGGCGUUAGCUUACGAUCGGGCCGCCUUCCGGAUGCGGGGCUCCAAGGCGAUGCUAAACUUCCCGCUUCGAGUCAACUCGGGUGAACCCGACCCGGUUAGGAUCACUUCAAAGCGGUCUUCACCUGAAAGAUCUACGUCAUCAUUAUCAACGUCAUCGAUUUCGUCAUCAGAUAGUGGGUCCCCUACUAAGAGAAGAAAGAAGGUUGUGGUUGGGCAAGUGGGAAAGGGAGUGGAAGGACUACAAGUGGGAUGCCAAUUGGGUGUGGGCCCAUUGCCACUUGGCGAUCAGCUAUUAGUUAGUUAAAAUAUUGUUAAAAUGUCUUAUUAAGAUUAAGAUUAAGAUUAAGAUGGUGAGUUUGUAUCAUUAUCUUCUUAAUUAUAGAUUAGGAUGGCCAGGCUGUCAAUGGCUUUGGAGGGUUUUAGACUUUUAGGGGUUGUAGUAUUAUGAUGGGGGGUUUUGGUGAAAUGUGAAUAGAGUUGAUUUGUUUGUUUAUUGGAUUUUAUAUAUCUAAAAAUGGUUGUCAAAUCUAA